AUGGCAAAAAACGAGAAUGAUGGACUUGAAUACUAUCUGUCUCUUUUCUUGUCCAACGUCCAUUUAUCACUCUUUGAAUCUGCAACCUGUGAAAUGAAGUUUAGUCAACAGGAAGCGGGGUGUAGCUCAUGUUUUUAUUCCAAACUGCCAUCUGAGGGGACUGAGCCAUGGAGGAUGGAGGCGGGGCCAUGUCAUACCACAUCCUGCUCACCCUCCAACCUGCACCUUAUAGCUCUGUUGCCAUGGUAAUCAAACGGACAGUUUCCUCAUGUCAACUUAGAGUGGGUGGCUUGUGGUUUGAGGAAUCCCAUGGGGCCAUAGGGCAGGGUGCGAUGACGAGAGGCGCCGCAGAAGUGGAAGUCACGGGUAAAGGGGAAGAGGCAGUGAGAUGAGAUAGCUGGGCAAUUAGUACUCUCUCUCUCUCGCCCACUAUUUCUAUCGUUCUCUGUCCCUCUCUUUCUCGCACACAGACAUGAUGAGAGUCACUCUGAUUUCCCUCGCCAUGUGCCUUCCUCGCCUCCUCGCCACUCCUGUCCUCCAUUCCACCACUGCGGUUUCACCGAGCGCCACUGAAAUCACAACAACAUCUCUAGACCUUAGGAUCCGCACUACAACGUCAGACCCCCUGAAGCUUCCACUCUCCACAACUGAAAACCACCCUGGUAGGACUAGUGGCACGUUCAACACACAAGUGAAGAAAAGCGCUAGCUUAGCAGCUGUCAACAACUCAAGCAGAACGACUCAAGGAAGAGGCAUUCUCAGAACAGGAACUGCCACUUACGUCACCACAGACGGACAGAAGAGCAACAGGCACACAACUGCAGGAGUUUUGAGGAGGGAAACAGAAAGCUACAUUCACCAUGAGACUCUACCCUUCAGCGGACACACAGCCUCACCCACAACUGACCACCCCAGCACCACCACUCUCCCCGGGGAGGAAGGGACUGAGUAUCAUGACAGCAGCACCACUGAAACAGCCAGAGAAUUUAACACACCAAAUUCCAUAGAGACAUGGGCUGCUGACACCAGUAAUGACUCCAGGCUAGCGAAGCCACAUUUAGACAGGUCACAAGCAGCAGACCAGCACACUGCUACACAAGGACUAGAGAUGGCAAGUGUAGAUACUGCAUCAGGAGAUUACUACACAACACAGAGAGACUUCUUCACAAACACCCCAACUAAUAGAGUGACAGGUUUGAACAGAGGUAAACAAAGUAAGGCCAACAGCGUCACAACAACAACAACAACGGUUUCACCCACGUACACAUUCACACUUCCUGGUUUGUAUGAGCACAUUACCGUGACUUACAGGGCUACUGGCUACAAAACACAACCUGACGACACGAGCCAGUCUAUGGACAACAAGGACCACACCACAGCCACAGUUUCAAUCCCCCAUGCUGACAAUAGCACAACUCCAUAUCCCAAUGCAAACACAUUUACAGAUAAUGUCACAGACAACUACACAAUCACACUUUCAUACAGUAAUACCACAACCUCUAAUAAUCGUAACACAACAGUACUUUUGAAUAAGAAAACUCAUACUCAUUCACUCAGACACAACCACACAAUCUCAGGCUAUGACAACAGGCUGAACAACACAACUGAAAACACUGUGCAUGCUCGUCCUGAGUGCGGAGAGGCAGAUGAAAGGUCCCCAUCGUUGCUUCCUGGCUCUACUAGACUGGUAUGUUUCAUUGUUCUGUGGGCUCUGGGAUUGACUGCUUUGGUCUUCCUUGGUCUCACUGUCUUCCUGUGGGUGCGUUUGUCAGUCCAGAGAGUGAGGGAAAGGAGAGUGAGGAGAGGAGGAGAGAAGGUGUCAGGGGUGGAUCUGGAGAACCUGUGGGUUGACCAGAUGUCAUCGGUGGAGGAGAGGGUGGAAUUCUGGUACGCCAACGGCUCCACCAUGGGACCUGACCACAAACGGAGCGAGAGAGGGAGGGAGAGAGAGAGGGACAGGGUGAAGGAGAGGGAGAGGAGGGAGCAGCAGAGGCAGAAAGGGAGAGAGUGUGACAACCUGUGGACUCAACCCAAAGUGACACUGGAGGACAUCACAGAUUUCUGGUAUACAAAUGGAAGAGCGAUACCAGAAGAAACUAAAGACCAAACAUUGUUGGAGAUGCAUAUUAUUUAGUUUUUUUGUACUACAGUACUACAAUUUACCUGGAAUUACUUUGGAGAGAAAUAUUCAUCAUUAUUUUAACAAUUCCAUGGUAGAUUUGAACACUGUAAUCCUGACAGAGUUUAAACAUUUACAGUAUAAAUUCAUAAUCUGUAUGUUUUUUUGGCUGUAACAAAAGUAUAAGAUCUAGAUAAGUCUACUGAAAGACAGAUUAGGCCUGGGUCUGAUCAGAGAGAAAGAAGUGGACAGAGAGAGAGAAAGAGAGAGAGGAAUGGAGAGAGAGAUUAGAACAACAUGUCUAACUGGAAAGAACACUUGAAAAGAGAGUUCCCAUUUUAAGACAAUUCAGACCUUCUUAGAGUCAUAUCAUCAUCGUGUGUCAGACCGCAAUGAGGCGAAAGGUGCCAUUUCUACAAACACACUGACACAAAUACUGUUGACUCCUAAUACUGUACAUGCACUGUUAUUAGGAGCUAGUCAAAUAAAAAGGAUUGGUGAACUGCACUGGGCGUAAACAACUUAGCUUAAUUUAUCUGACUGACCACGUUUACAUGCACAAAGUAUUCCAGGAAUUAGUUAUAUCCUAGUUAAGGUCUUAUUUGAGAUAAACUGUUUAAAGACACCUUUGAUAUCCCGCGUACUAGUAUCCCUGUAUAAACAGAAUAUUCCUAUGUUUAUCCAUGAUACUAUGCGAAACUGAGCCUGUACAAACCAUGUAAAACAACAGUAAACGGAAUAAUGCCACAGUAUCCUGUCUAUGAUCAGUAUAUCCCAGGCAUGUUAACUGGGUUUCUCAUAACCGGGACACAAGCUUAUUCGGGUUAUUGUGAACGGGAUAUGAUGUUUAUAUUCGUCAACUAAAAAACGGAAUACUUGAGUAUCCCAAAUAAUAACGGAAUAUUGCUGUGCAUGUGAACAUAGUAACUUAUCAGGAAUAGACUAUAGGCCUACCUCAUAAUUGAUAGUGGAUCGGGCCAUUUGAUCAAUACUGUAUAACUGUACAGUAGAAAAUCUAUCCUUGUAGAAUUUAACACCUGACCAGCUGAAGUUUGACAUAUAAUGUCCCAAGACGUGAGAGACAUAAUAAAAUGGUAUUUUCAUCAUA